CCACUUUCUGUUGGUCCGCGGGGAAGUCGCAAGAUGGCCGACGUCGCGUGAAAGUAUGUUCCUCUCCUCAACAUGAAGUCGUGAGUGAGACAGAGAGCGAGGGAGCUUACGUCGGGCUUUUGUUUUUGUUUUAUUUUAGUUGUUUUACUUUAUUUUCCCCUUAAUUAUUCAUCUCAUUCCGAAUCGCGGCAGUCCCCGAUUUGUCUCGAGUAGUUUGACGCGUCAAUCACGCCGGGAUCUCGGCUAACUGGCUAACUGCGCGAGCUAGUCUGUUAGCCACAAACUGUAGCUCUUAUAACUGUCAUCCAUCACAGGACAUACUGUUUUACUAGCAGCUAGAGUUAGUUUUGAAUCACCUAACGGUUAUGUUGGAUAGCAACGGUGUAGUUGUUGUUUAGUUUUAAGCUAGAAAGGUUACAAAUAGGAUUAUACUUUGAUGUUAUCAACAUUGUCGACAUCCUAACUGUAGCGUGCGCGCCGUUAUCCUCAUCGUUACGUUUUAGACCGUGCAACACUGUAAUUGAUCAAAACAGAAAGACUGUUGCGGGAUUACACUAUUGACACACUAAGGAAUGGACACAGAUUGCACUUAAACGACCAAACGUACAAAAUAGCCACGCGUAUCUGAAAUCUUACAGGGGGUCGGUCGGCACUUGCUUUUGUAGGAUAAUUUGACGUUACCAGACAUUUCAACUCUUUAGUUAUCAAAGUAUAACCGGACAGAUCUAGUUCUGAGCACACAACCUAGAAAUCAGCUUCUUAACAAGAUUCAUCCAUCCCACGCGAUCAGACACAAUAUGGGAGUGCAAGGGUUUCAAGAGUAUUUGGAGAAACGCUGCCCUGGGGCGGCUGUUCCAGUAGAUCUACUCAAGCUCGCCCGAACCGCAGGCCGUCAGCCCCCACACCUCCACCAUCUUCACCACCACCCUCACCACCAUCCCCAUCAUCCCAGCUCGCUGCCUCCGCCUCCCCCGCCAGCGCGCAUUCUGGUGGACGCGGACUCCGGCCUUCAGCGGCUCUACGGGGGCUACCAGACCGACUGGGUUUGUGGAGGCGAGUGGAAUGCAAUGCUCGGCUAUCUGGCGGCGCUGUCCCAGGCCUGUCUGUACCAAGGGGGACUGGAGCUGGUGGUGGUGUUUAACGGUACGCUUGGGAAGGACCGCUGGCCGGAGUGGGCGCGGCGGGCGCAGGGGCAGCGACAGACCGCACAGCUCAUCGUCAACCAUGUCGGAAGCAAGGCGACGCCCCCCCCGCGGGCCUGGUUUCUGCCCCCGGCCUGCCUGAGCCACUGUGUCCGCCUCGCCAUGUUCCGGUUCCGAGUGCGGGUGGUGCAGACCCUGGAAGACCACCAUCAGGAGGUGCUAUCCCUGUACAGAGACUAUGGUUUUCAGGGUCUGAUUGCACAGGACUCAGAGUUUGCGCUAUGCAACGUUCCGACUUAUUUCAGCUCCCACGCUCUCAAGCUCUCCUGGAAUGGCAAGAAUCUGACCACUCACCAGUACCUGCUCUCAGAGGCAGCUCGCCAGCUCGGCCUCAAGACCCAGCACCUGCCCAUCUUUGCUGCUCUUCUUGGUAACCACAUUCUGCCAGAUGAAGACUUGGCUGCCUUUCAUUGGAGUCUGUUAGGCCCUGAACACCCUCUUGCCUCCCUAAAGGUAAGGGCUCAUCAGUUAGUGCUCCCUCCAUGUGAGGUUGUUAUUAAGGCUGUAUCGGAGUAUGUGGCAUCCAUCAAAGAUCUUGGGAAUUUAGAGUCGGUGGCCAAGGAUGUUUUCAAGCAGUCACAGUCACAAACUGAAGAUAAAAUUGAGAGGUUUAAGAAGGCAGUGGAAUACUUUUCAGCGGCCAGUAAACCAAGACCUCUCUCCAUGGGACCUUCUCCUUACCUCUUUCCUGGCUUUGGGCCUAGUCAGUUUAGCGGACCUCCAGGCCACAUGGGGGCAAUGCAGCCUGUAAAAGCUCAGUUUGGUCCACCCCAGGUGUCAGGUGUUAAGGUGCCUUAUCCAGGUGGGCUCUACGGACCCAGCCUUGCCAGUGGUCCAGCCCUUUUAUGCCAGAACCCAACUCAGCCUCUGCAGGACUGUAAUGACACACUAGUUGGGAAAAUGGGCUUUGCUGAUUGGUCUGCUCCAUAUGAUUCCUCUCAAGGUGGCAGCCGACAGCCCAAUCAUCACACUGCUGCUCCUACAGGCCCCUCCCCCUCAUCAUCUUCAUCUUCAGAUGGGGAGGAGCAGAAUGACACCAGCACUAAUCAUUUAGCUGACAAGUCUACAAGAUGGGAAGAUCCCAGUGGACGGGGCAGCAGUGGCUCUGGGGAAGGGCACCAUGGUAAUGGAAGUGGGCCGUCCAUUCCAUCAUUGCUGUCCAUGCCAACGCGGAGUCACAUGGACAUCACAACGCCACCCCUUCCACAGGUCAGUGCCGAGGUGCUGAGGGUGGCAGAACACAGACACAGAAGAGGACUCAUGUAUCCACAGAUCUACCACAUCCUGACCAAGGGGGAGAUGAAGAUGCCAGUGUGUAUAGAAGACGAGUGCAACCCCGACCUUCCUCCUGCUUCCCUACUUUUCCGUUCUGCCCGCCAGUAUGCCUACGGGGUGCUUUUCAGCUUGGCUGAGACCCAGCGGAGGCUGGAGAGACUGGCCAUGCGCAAGCGUAGUCCAAUUGACGUGCCUCCAGUGAUUGUAAAGGAGUGGUGUGCCAGUAAAGCUAAAUCUGCCCUGACCCCAGAGCUCGUUCCUGCCCUUUGUUUCCGCGAGUGGACGUGUCCCAACCUGAGGCGGUUGUGGCUGGGCAGAGCGUCUGAGGACCGUAGCCGCCGUACACGAGCCUUCCUAGCCUGCAUGCGCUCUGACUGCCCUGCCCUGCUCAACCCGACCUGUGUGCCAUCUCACCUGCUGCUCAUGUGCUGCGUGCUCAGGUAUAUGAUGCAGUGGCCGGGGGGUCGCAUUCUUCAGCGCCAUGAGCUUGAUGCCUUUUUGGCUCAAGCUGUGUCCAACCAGCUCUAUGAGCCUGACCAACUUCAGGAACUCAAGGUGGAGAAGGUGGAUAACCGUGGGGUGCAGCUGGCCUCUCUGUUCAUGAGUGGAGUGGACACUGCCUUGUUUGUAAAUGAUGUAUGUGGACAGCCCUUGCCAUGGGACCACUGCUGUCCUUGGGGCUUUUUCGAUGGGAAGUUGUUCCAGAGCAAGCUAGCUAAAGCCACCAGAGACCGAGCCUCCUUACUUGAUAUGUGUGAAGGCCAGGAGGAGCUGGUUUCGAGAGUGGAGAAGAUGCGCCAGUCCAUUCUGGAAGGCAUCAACCUGUCCCGGCCGCCUCCCCCACCUCCACCACUGCCACCCCCUGCAUUCCUCCCCCCUGCCAUGGUGCCCCCUUUCUACCCCAUGCAUCCUCUAUACCCUCCUCGCCCCCUGGGCUCUAUGCCUCCUCCUCCUCACCAUCACCACCAGCACCGGCCCAGGGCCUUCCCAGGAAUCCAGUCUAUACCUCCCCAGGGUGGCAAGCUGGAAAUAGCUGGCAUGGUUGUUGGUCAGUGGGCUGGGAACAAACCAGUCCGUGGCAGAGGCAAUAUGCAGGUGGUGUCAGUUGGAGGAAAAGGGGGUAAAGAAUUGAUACUGAAAGGAAGGGGAGGGAAGAAAGUGACCACCAACAGAACACAGACUCUGUCCUCUUCACCACCCUCCUCCAGCCCCCCGAAACUCAAUGAGGAUGCUAAAGCAGUGGGUCGGCCCACGGAGGGAACGGGGACCGUGUCGCAGCAGCUGAACGGCAGCUCUUCAGGAAGCGCAACUGGUCAAGCUCUUGACCUGCCACCACUGGCCCAGCCAAUCCAGUGUGCCUUAGCCAGCAGAGACAACCAGUCAGGAGAUGGGGUGGAGGUAGAGGCCUCUUGUUGCCUUGAUGACUGCCCAUCAGAUGGUGCACUACAGAAAGAGGAGUAAUUACAUCCCAUAAUGUAAUAAGAAUGAGAGAGUGAGAGGGAAUGAUCUAAGGUCGACUGCCUUUUCCUUGCAAAAUUGAAUAUUUAGGGCACAGUAGCCACUUUGUGUUGUCAUGGUGUAAUUUAUGAUGCUGGAAACGACAGAUGGACAGUGUCAGGAAUGCGGUCUAUGUGUCACCUUAAGAACCGGGUCUGGUUUAAAACUGAGUGAGUUUAAAUCACAACCCUUCGCCCAAACUGAAUCUUCGGGUUCUGGACCUCAUCCUUCCCACUGUCCCAUCAAUGUUGUAGCAUCGUGAAAAGCUCUCAAGUCUUUUUAUUUCGACAGUUUUCUUUUCAGACCUUAGUACAUUGACGUUGACCUUAUAUGUAUGAUUGCCUAAAAUAGCUACGAGAAAUCCGAAUUGCCCAAAGUGUAUUUGAAAAUUGACCUAAUCGAAAUACUUGCACGUGUCAAGUAGCACAGAAGCACCUGCUCUAAAGUUUCCACCACACAGCAAAGAAUCACACUAUUUGUACUACACAUGGCUGUGUCUGCAGUGUACCACACGGGGGAGGAUUCAAAUCAACACUGCCCUGAAUACAGUAGAUGAGUGGAAACUGACGGAGAACACUGGUUGUAUUUGUAUGUCACAGUGUGCAUUCACACACACAUGGUAGUCCUUUUUCUUUCUUUUUUUUUUUUGCAUAUUAUCAAAGAGUGAUUUGCAUGUGGAGAAGUUGCUAUUGUCUUCAGCACAGGGGCCACGGGCGACCUGAGAAGUCCAAGCUCAGAGAGGCGUACGAGUAACGACAUAUAAAUUGAAGGGAAAGAUUCGUACAGGUUACAAUCUGCAUCGCCUAGCUAGCUCUCCUCUGUUGUGUUCUCUCACAUGUAGACAAUCUUCUUUUAGGCCCACGUCCCCUUGAAGAUUCACAGCAGUACCCAAGUAGUUCUAAAAUCUAAAUAUUUAAAGCACCUUAAGCCUGAUAUUAAACAUAUGCAACCCCCCUCCCUCCUCGACUGAGGAAGAAAUACCCUUCAAAAUAGAUUGUAUUGUAACGUAAAGCACUUAAAAUAUUAUUUAUGAUAGUACUGCGCUAUAUAGAUAGUUAAUUGGUUAAUGUUAAGCAGCAGGCCAUCAUUUCUUUUGACAGUUUAACUGUCCAGAUACACUUUACCUUGCGUGUUGUUUACCAGUAUGACGUACAAAUCGACACCAACACAUUUGAAUGUGAGAACGGAGUGCGAGGUAAGCUGCACUUGGUUUUAAAACCGAAAAUACACUGGGUUGUCCUCGAACCAGGAUAAAGAGAAAUCGAGGCCUCUGGCAGAGUCAGGGAGGAAGCAGUGUGUUCGGAGAGAACCGUGAUACUGUUUGACAUCCCAGCCGUUUGUAUAUAGACCCAAAUGUACAUGAUCCCGUUACGCAAUGGCGUGAUUAAGGGGAGUGAUUUUAUCAGUGGUUGAGAAUGCACACAGUCCCUCAGACAAACCUGCCAUUUGAUAUCUCUCUGCUUUCACAACAUUUUGCUUUCGGAUUUUAGCAGCUCUGUUUUUUUUUUGGCCCCUCGUUCAUGUCUUCUCUGUGCCUUGUGCAUGUGUACCAUGUGGAUGCGUUUUUGUACAUGUGCAUUCUCCCACCAUCGCUAAAAUCAUUGUAGUUUUGUUACGGUCGAAAGAAAUGAAUCGAAUGAACCUUAGGAUUAACUUUUAUUGUGACAGUCAUUUAAAAAAAAAAAAAAAAAGUCUGUGCUUCACCAGACUGUUUCGUGAUCAGUCCGUCUCGUCUUGUUUUUGUGACAGUCCUUUGAACUCAUGCACUUCUAUGUUCAAAACAUUAUUUCUAUCGAGGCGAAUAGGCUUUAAAAUGAAACCGAACGGAACACCUUGAAGAUUAAAGCUGCGCUUGCCGUUAUAUUGACCAUUUUAAAUCAGAUGGGUAGGAGAUUAAUUUUACUUACAUGUUAAUGUUUUAAAUGCAUUUUAAAAACAAAAUACAUGUUUUGUACCAAUGACUUGUUGGACAUAAUGAAUGAGAAUUUAAUUUUAAGAAUAACUAAUACACUUGAGAGAGGCUAUUGCAUUUAAUCAUAGUUUAAGAUCUGUACAAUUGACAAUGUCAGGAUUAAAUCACAGCUUUCUAUUGAAGUUAUAAGAUGCACCUUAUUUUGUUAAGAAGUUAAUAUUAUAUUUAGUGCCACUAAAAUUAUAUCGAAAGCUCUUUUUAUGGAAGACACCCAUUAUAGUUACAUGUCUAUGUAUAUUCUGCAAAUUCUCACUAUUGAGGAACGGAGACAGAUCAGCCCGUCAGAAAUCUCAUGAUGACCUGAAGCAUGCAUUAUUAAUGCAGUUUGCUAUAAAAUAAGUAAAAAAAAAAACAUGACAAUGAUAUAUCGGUGUCAGAAUAUGACAAUACUGGACAUACCGGACAGACUUUAAACCAAGAAGAAUCUUGACCGUAGCGUGACGGGUAGUGUUGGUGAACUAACACACUACACCGUCGUGCACGCUAGAGCGUUUCAAACCUCAACCUUAGGUUGUCACAUUUAUUACACAGUAAGUACAGUAGUGCUAGUUUUCAAGAGAGGAUCUCCAGCAUGUUAGUGCUUAUGAACCUGCAUACGCACCCAUUAAUGGAAUUUCAGUUUCCUCAGAAUAACAGUAGAUCCUUUUAAAGCAUUCAGUCCUGUCCUGUCUGUGAGUAACAGCCGUUUCAGUUAGUUGGGUUUUUCUCUGUGUGUUUGUCAUUAACUCCUUCACAUUUAGUUAUAAGUGUAAUCUAUAAAAGGAACAGCAUAAACCGAAAUAUACAGACACACCAAAUAAAGAUAUAAUCUCUCUCUCGCACAUACACACAGUACCUUUUUUUUUUUUUUUUUAUACCUGUAGAGAGACAUCAGUUAGUAUGAGGGAGAAAAAUAAAAAAAGUUAAAUUUUGACACGUUCAGAUAUUCAUGUAUUUUCCAGUGUGUUAAUUUCUCUUACUAUUAUUUGGAUCCUGAAUUUAGUUUCAGAUGCUUGGUUCCAAAGUUAUCCUUUCCAAAGCUUCCCUGCUUUGCUGUUCUAGAUUGCUGCUUUAACUCUCAUUCAGACAUUUAUGGAGAUUCAUGUGAGAGUAAAAUAUAGACUAAGAAAUAUUUAGUGGAUGAUAUUUGGGUUGAAUAAGAAGGAUGCUCUGGAGAUCAGUGAGGUGUUAAUAAUGGCUCUUUUUUUCUCCAGAUGCUGGUCUUAAAACAGUUUAAACAUUUGGUCACAAAUGCAAAUCCCACUGGUUUGCCUUUUGUUUUUUGUUCUUUUUCACAGUUUUAUGGCCCAUGGACAUUCACGGUCACAAUAAGUUUAAGUGUUCUCCCUCUUCUUAGCUCUUGUCUCUGUUAAUUUUUUUUAUUCUUGCCGUUGUUUCCCCCGCAUCUUCUAUCCUUACAUUCUCAUACUAACAGUGAGAGAUCUGAACUUUUAUAAUUUGUCUAUUAAUCUGUCUGUAAGUAAUCUUAGACAAGAGUUGAUAACAUUUUCAACAGUGAAUUCAGAAAUUUAACCUUACAGUCUUUGGUUUCAUUCAGUUGUGAAAUUGUUUUUCUUCCUUUUUUUAUAUUAUUACAACAGCUACUCCUUUGACCGUUGCUACGUUUAGUAUUAAAAUUUGCUUAGCAAAUAUAACUAGAUAUUUUCAACUGUAAUGAUAGCAAUUUUCCUCACCUCUAUUUUGUAUGGCAUCGUUUCAGACCACUUCACCAUUAUGAUGUAAUUGUCACUCGUACCAAAUUUUGCUUCCUUUCCCACAAAGCAGACUAAUACACAUUUGUGCAACAUAUUAAUUUUCAACCAAAGUUAAUUUCUGGAAACUGCUUUUCCAGUAUGUAGUUAACAGUCUUGAUUCUCUUUCUGGAUCCUGUAUAUAUGAUUAUACAGCUACAUGUUUCUGUAAUUGAGCUUUUAGAAUACAUAAGGGGUCCGUGAUCAGAUACUUAAUAAAGAAAAUGUGAUGUUUACAUCUUUUUGGUGAAUAGUGGCUAAAUCUUGUAUCGUCCAGUUUCAAUGCUAAAAUGAAGAUUUCUUUAUUUCCUCUCAAGUGGAGUCUUGGACACAGCUCUUCAUAGCGAUUAACCCUAGAACACUUCUUCAGCUCCCAUGCACAUGUAUAUCGUCCCUCUGAAAAAAUGUAGCUUCAGUGUAGUCAUGGAUGGGUUAAGUGUGAACACAUACUGUAACCAUGCGCGCCCGCACACAACCAACAGCUAUUCUGGUAAAGAGUUUUGCCUGUGCAUUCCUGUAGAUUUGUGUCUGGACCUCAGAUCUGACUCAUGCUUUAUAACUGUAACCCCUGUAUCCUGGCUCUGCCGCCCUUCACUCCACAGGACCACUGGUGUGGUCAGGUUUGGAUCCUAGUCUGAUAACAGCAGUGUGUUGUGUACAGUGGCCCGCUGACAUCCUACAUUUUCUGAAAGUACGUAGCCUCUGUAUCUCGCCCUCUUUGCUUUUUAGCAUGUUCCUCCAAGACUGUCAAGUCGAUGCAUCCAUUUGUAGGCAACACAUUCUGUCAAUCCAUUCAUCAACACAAACGCAUUGAUGCAUGCAUCAAGAUCUCCAAAAGCUCCAAAAAACUUGUGAAGUGAAGGGUCAAGUUCAUUAUUAUUAUUGCUGUUAUGGUUAUGAUCGUUAUUAACAAUUUCUCAUUUUUAGUAUAAAGAAAGCACCUGAUUGUUUUGGAAAGAAACUUUUCUUUUUAAUUUGUCUUGCUGUUGUGGUCUGAUUUCACAGUGGAUUGGGGAGAAAGCCAAAAGGCUCAGAGAGAGAGAGAGAGAGAGAGAGAGAGAGAGAGAAAGUCAAAGUUGGCAGUCAUGUUUGUAUGGUUGGGAAAUGACUUACAGUGCUGAAAUAAAAUUUAUUCUUUUAGUAAA